AUGGCAAAACAUCUGAAAGAGCUCCUUUCUGCAGAUCGAAUCUCCGGCUUUCGACACCAUUUCUCCAUCCCCGACGACGUCCAUUUGUCACUUUUGGCAGACAGCACCACUGAUAUGAUGAGGGAAGAUGAGAACACAAUCAUCGGCUUAGAAUCAUCUGAUUCUGAACACGUGGAAGAACAAGUGGCCGAACCAAUCGCCAAGGACCUGGACCGGUUGGCCGCUGAAGUUGACGAAGCUAUUAAUUCGGCCUUCGAGGAAGCUAGAUUGAACUCUUCUGACCCUCCGUCUACAUCAGAAGAAACGGCUCACGUUGUCGUGGCCGAGACGGAAAAGGAGGUUGAGCGCCCGAUUACAGAAGGUCGGCCGAUUUCGAAGGAUCAGGGCGAAAAACGAAGCGCUGAGAGCGAGGACAGCUCCGAAGAUGGCCCCAUUGAAAAACGGCCACGCUUAGAGGAUUCGGCUGUGGUUGCUCCUUUCGUUAUUGAGCCAAUGAUGAAAAACAUGCCGAUCUCCUCCGAAGCGUCGGCUUUGAAAGAUCCAGCUAUGGCACUGAGCUUGGCUGCCUUGGUCUCCUUGCCGGCUGACAAGGCGACCUUUUGUGCCGAGCUGGAUUUGGUGACAAUGGCAUUAGCCGCCCAGUCGGCUCUUCUGACGGUUGGAAGGAUCGCCGAAUUAGGUCGCCGCCAGCAUAACGCUGUUGAAAGGAUUGGCCGUUUGCAAUCUGAAGUCGAGGGUCAAAGGAGCAGGGCGGAGUUUGAGGCAAUGAGAGCCACGAUGGAAAGUGCGCGGGCCGAGAUUGAGAAGGAAAGGGCCAGGACUGUUGAUCAACUCAGAUCUGAUGCUGAAGAGAGGGCAAAUGCGAGUGAGGAAUCGCUUAAGUUAGCCAAGGAGGCGCUUGCCAAGCUGGAGGCCGAGUUGGGAGAGUUGAAGCAGGCUAAGAAGAAAGCCAACUCUAAGGCUUCGGCGGCGUUCGAGGCUGGGAAGAGCUCCGCCCUCAAUGACUAUGUAGAAGAAGCUGAGCGUGAGCUCAGGAAAAUCAAGUCCAUCGAGCCUCAAUCGGCCAGCCACCCAAACCUAAUUGUGGAAGAGAGGGUUACUCAAAGGCUGAUUAGUGAUGCAAUCGCCGAUCGGAACACGGCCAGCAUGUUCGCGAUCGAGACUAUGAGGGCUGCGGCCUAUGAAAAAUGCUUCCACGACGACCGAAAGGUCGGAAUUCAGAAGACCAAGGAGAAACUCGCUGAAGAAGUUUGCUGA